AUGACAAGAGCAACACGAUCCAGCGCUCGCCUGGCAGCAUCUGCAAAGCCGCUCGGAAGUCCCGAGUCUGUUGUCAACCAUGUCAAGCCGACCCGUACCAGCAAGGUCGCAUCUAAAGAUUUGGUUAAGGACGUAAAGCCUUCGAAUCCCGAAAAGAGGAAACGCGCACCAGCCAAGGCCGCAACUGGGACCCCUUCCAAAAAGGUGAAGACAGAAGAAGAUGGCGAGGAUGCGGCUGCGUCGGCUCUCUCCGACGUACCUCUGACAACACCCCUCAAGAAGGAGAGCACAAAGGUUGAGAGCCCCGAGAAAGAGCCGAAGAUUUCAAAGUCUCCCAACGGCUUGCAGUCCAAGAAGCUCAAAGCCUACACCCAAUAUGCCGACAAAUCUCCCUUUCCCGACUUUCUCCAUCCAACUCCAGAUGAGUGCCGGCUCGCCCACCGCAUCCUGGCAGACCUGCACGGCAAAAGGGAGCGUCCCACUGAGGUCAAGGCCUCCACAACCCGUGCCGGCUGCGGGGACUCACCUUCCGUCCUUGAUGCCCUAGUACGGACCAUCCUCAGCCAGAACACCAGUGACACCAACUCCACUCGCGCCAAGCGAAGCAUGGAUGCUGUGUAUGGCGGCAGCGAUGAGUGGGAGAAGAUCGUCGAAGGCGGCAUUCCCAAACUGCAGGAAGCCAUCAAGUGUGGUGGGCUGAGCGCCGUAAAAAGCAAGGUCAUCAUCGGCAUCCUCAACCAGGUGAAGGAGAAGUACGGGUCCUACUCGUUGGAUCACUUAUUCAACGCCACCAACGAGGAAGCCAUGCAGGAGCUUAUCAGCUUCCAGGGCGUCGGCCCCAAGACCGCCAGCUGCGUGCUUCUCUUUUGUCUUCAGAGAGAGUCUUUUGCCGUAGACACCCACGUGUGGAGAAUCACAGGCCUCUUAGGCUGGCGCCCAAAGAGCGCCUCUCGUGACGAAACACAUGCCCAUUUAGACGUAAGGAUACCAGACGAGGACAAGUACGGCCUGCAUAUACUUCUCGUCAAGCACGGCAAAGUUUGCAGUGAAUGUAAAGCAGGUGGCAAAAACACCGGGAAAUGUGAGUUAAGAAAGGCAUUUCGACAAGAGAAAAUCAAGAAUGGGGAAGGCAAGCCAUCCAAACUCGACGAGUAG